CUAAAUUCCAGCCCGUUCACACCAAAGCCCGUAGUUGGCUGUGAUAUGUGGCAUUUAAGAGUCCAAUCAAACAACAGUGAUGGGAAUAUAUUCGCGCAGAAGUCCGCCUGCGUCCUCCGACUAAGUUCAAAUCCACGAGGGAUACGGCUGAGCCUAAAACACAAAGACAACACAGCGACCCAGAGAGGCUCAGACAUAAGCUACUGUCCUUGGGUCGUGGGCCAGGUCAAAUACAAGAUGGAACAAAGAAAGAGAAAAGCUCCAUCUCCCUUCUCUGCUGGUUCUGAUGCAGGAAGUUGUGAAAUGACAGGUGACUCACCACAGGAGGAAAAGGAAGAAGGUUGUGCUUCAGAGAAUUCUUGUAAAGAGACUGAUGCCCCCCUUUAUUGUAUUGCUGCUGCAGCAUGUACAAAGUCAUGGACCACAGAGCCACAAAGCGAGCCCUUAGAUCUUUCUCUUGCUGGCCCUCGAUGUGCUGAAAACACCAGUGAGGUUCGUAAGAGAGCUACAGGUGUUGUGCCGAUGCAGCCAGAUAGUGAGCCUGAAGAAGAACCCUGUGGACAAGGAAUAGGGUCACAUGAAAUUACAGCUUUGCUUACCGGGUGCUCUUCUCAUUUCCCGCCCCCACUAAGUCUAAUGAGCUCUACAGAGAACGAGACUUUUACAGGAGCUGAAAGUUUAUCUGGGGGUAGCUGUGCGAUGUUAGAAUUGCCUGGGAAGUUAUUACGUGAUAUCCCUGUUGUUACACUCCCAGAAACAGGACUGAUAAAAAACUCCUCUGCAGCAGAUUCUAUGCCGGGAGUCAGUCAGGAUAAUACCAGGGAAAUAAUACCACAUGCAACCGCUGGUCCUUCCAGCCUUCAGCUCUCUAACAACGAUGAUGAAGAUUCAGACACAGACAGAGUUGUAUUUUAUGGUAGAAAACAACAAUGUGAUGAGUCGUCUGGUAGCACAGAUUCUUUCACAUUUAUACAUACACCUAUAGCAAUUUACAGCGAAUUGGAAAAUGAGUAUGGAGAUGCUCAUUUUCUUCGUCUUGCAUCCCAAGCAUCAGAACAGAUUUUGCAGCUUCCAAACAAUAAAGACACAGAUGAUAGUGGCCCCAGAUUUAGUAACUCCAGUUUUACUGUACGUCCACAAAACAGACCUUCAGUCAUCAAGAAAAACAAGUUGGGAGAUGACAGUGUUGUUCUGGAGGAAAUGGCAUCCUCCUCAGCUUCUGCCUCUUGCUUCCGGAGUCUUCAUGAUGAUGACAGCAGGCGUGAAUCUAGGAAAGUUACUAUACCCCUGCUUCCUCCUCCUCCUCUUCCUCUCCCCCUAACACACAGGACUCAAGCUCAAAGGUCAUCUGACAUGUUAACAAACAGCUAUGAGGAGUCUAAAGCUUUUCACACCUCUGCAGCAGCUGCUAUGCCGGGAGUCAAUCAAGAUAAUACCAGCGAAUUAGAACAUCAGUAUGGAGAAGCUCUUCCAUCACUACUAUCACACCAUCUUGGAAAGAGAAAAUACACAGAAGAUGGUGGCCCCAGAUUUAGUAACUCUAGUUUUACUGUAUGUCCACAAAACAGGCCUUCAGUCUGUCAGUCAUCUGUUCCAGCUGUGAACUGCUCAGUCACAAACACCCAGCCGACCCAUCCUGACCCCCAAACCUCAUCCUCCUCAGAUCCUGUUCAGAGUGAAAGAAGCUCCAGCUGUUCGCCUCUUUCUCACAGUGUUCCCUCACUGAGUCAAACAACCUCUGCAAAGACCUUCACCCAAUCACAGAGCUUACCUGACAUGCUGUUCAAACCCAGCUGUGAUGAGUAUGACACAGGUAGUUUUAAGAAGACAGGUGACGCACAACAGACGGAGAAGGAAGAGUUGAAUGUAGGCAGAAUUGAUCUAUCGGGAUUCACACGGCGUCUAAGAAGUCAAACUUCCACCUCAGAAAAACAGACUGCGGAUGAAAAGUUUUCAGAGAAGGGUGUUUGGCGUCAGCUGCAAGUCAAACGUGGCUGCCGUUCACUUCGUAAAUAUUCCUCAGCUUCUGCCUCUCGCUCCCGGAGUCUUCAUGAUGAUGACAGCAGGCGUGAAUCUAGGAAAGUUACUACACCCCUGCUUCCUCCUCCUCCUCUUCCUCUCCCCCUAACACACAGGACACAAGCUCAAAGGUCAUCUGACAUGUUAACAAACAGCUAUGAGGAGUCUAAAGCUUUUCACACCUCUGCAGCAGCUGCUAUGCCGGGAGUCAAUCAAGAUAAUACCAGCGAAUUAGAACAUCAGUAUGGAGAAGCUCUUCCAUCACUACUAUCACACUAUCUUGGAAAGAGAAAAUACACAGAAGAUGGUGGCCCCAGAUUUAGUAACUCUAGUUUUACUGUAUGUCCACAAAACAGGCCUUCAGUCUGUCAGUCAUCUGUUCCAGCUGUGAACUGCUCAGUCACAAACACCCAGCCGACCCAUCCUGACCCCCAAACCUCAUCCUCCUCAGAUCCUGUUCAGAGUGAAAGAAGCUCCAGCUGUUCGCCUCUUUCUCACAGUGUUCCCUCACUGAGUCAAACAACCUCUGCAAAGACCUUCACCCAAUCACAGAGCUUACCUGACAUGCUGUUCAAACCCAGCUGUGAUGAGUAUGACACAGGUAGUUUUAAGAAGACAGGUGACGCACAACAGACGGAGAAGGAAGAGUUGAAUGUAGGCAGAAUUGAUCUAUCGGGAUUCACACGGCGUCUAAGAAGUCAAACUUCCACCUCAGAAAAACAGACUGCGGAUGAAAAGUUUUCAGAGAAGGGUGUUUGGCGUCAGCUGCUAGGCAAAAGUGGCCGCCGUUCACUUCGUAAAUAUUCCUCAGCUUCUGCCUCUCGCUCCCGGAGUCUUCAUGAUGAUGACAGCAGGCGUGAAUCUAGGAAAGUUACUACACCCCUGCUUCCUCCUCCUCCUCUUCCUCUCCCCCUAACACACAGGACACAAGCUCAAAGGUCAUCUGACAUGUUAACAAACAGCUAUGAGGAGUCUAAAGCUUUUCACACCUCUGCAGCAGCUGCUAUGCCGGGAGUCAAUCAAGAUAAUACCAGCGAAUUAGAACAUCAGUAUGGAGAAGCUCUUCCAUCACUACUAUCACACUAUCUUGGAAAGAGAAAAUACACAGAAGAUGGUGGCCCCAGAUUUAGUAACUCUAGUCUUACUGUAUGUCCACAAAACAGGCAUGCAGUCCUCCAGGAAGACGUGUUGGGAGACGUGUUGGGAGAUGUGUUGGGAGACGUGUUGGGAGACGUGUUGGGAGAUGACAGUGAUGUCCUGGUGGAAACAGAGCCAUCUGUUCCAGCUGUGAACUGCUCAGUCACAAACACCCAGCCGACUCAUCCUCCCCUCCAAACCUCCUCCAGCUGUUUGCGUCGUUCUCACAGCGUUCCCUCACUGAGUCUAACAACCUCUGCAAAGAACAAGACCUUCACCCGAUCAAAGAGCUUACCUGACAUGCUGUUCAAACCCAGCUGUGAGGAGUUCACCCCUGAUAUCACUGUUGAUGAAAACGAUGAAACCUACAGGUUCCAGUGCUCCUGCCCAGGCCUGUACCAGUGCAGUGUGACAGGCCUGCUGUUCCACAUGGAGGGAGAAGGGGACGUGGUUUACAGGAUCGUCCCCUGGAACAGGAGGCUACUGGCCCGACACCACAAGCAGCCUGCAGGACCCCUGUUUGACAUCAAAUGUCUGCAGCAGUCUGUGUGUCGGCUUCAUCUCCCACACUGUGAGAUCCGCUCCACAGGUGGAGGUGAGUUCUUGUCAGUCGCUCAUGUGAACGACGAGGGCAUCGAGUUUAUCGGCCCUCAGAAGAUCACAGAAACUCACGUUGUUAUAAACAUCACAGGGUUUUCUGGUUUCGGUAAUGUCAAGGAUGAAGACUCGCCGGCUGACCCGGUCCGAGCGCUGGUUCUGCUGUUCUACAGGCCCCCGGCUGAUCCCGACGCUGAAUCCCUCCUCAACGUGUUGCUGCUACCGAGGAACGUGGUGCUCCGGGAUGUGCUGCGCACCAGGAAGAAAUUAGUUGGAGAUGAGAGCUACAUAGAGACGUCCCCACACUGUAAACUGCAGCCAAAGCAGGAAUACACACUGUCCACUUGUCCUGCAGAGGACUCAGUUCUAGUUCAACCAACAGAAGCAGAGUUUGACUGCGACAACUACGACAACUACUUCCCGUCAUUCCAGGUGAUUUUAGAAACAAUGAGGAAACACGUGAAGCUGUUUCUGAGAGACACCAACAGCUCCCACAGUGUCUGGGAAAGACGAGUUUGUCUCACUGGAGUAAAAAGGUCCUGUGGGCCGAGCGCUCUGAAUCUCUCUUCAGAUAAGAGGCUGUUGGACAUACGGAGCAGCUUCAUCGAGGGGAUAUCAGGACCGGUUCUCACAAGUCUGCUGGACAAACUGUUUGAGAAAACGGUGAUAGCUGAAGCUGAGAGGGAGUCAGCGGACGAGAUGCAGAACAGAAGAGACAAAGCUCGUUUUGUUAUCGACUCAGUGAGGAAGAAAGGUGAAGCUGCUAGUUCAGAGAUGAUUGAGUUCCUCUGUGAGGCCGACCCCUUCCUCUGUGAACAUCUCGGCUUGAUCUGAAGGCAAAUCAACAGGUGAUGCAGAACAUGUAACUGUAACUCCCACAAAAUACUUUUAACUGGAUCAGUCACUGUUUUGAUCUUUGUCACCUGGUUCUUACAGAUCACUGAUACUUUAUAUUUUAGUACACUUUUGAUGUUUGUUGUUAUGU